AAAUAGUAGUAUAUAGAAUCUUGAAAGUGGAAAUGUUAACUACCGCUAAGAAAUUAAGUUCAGUAUAUAUGAAACAAAUUUCACUGCUGUUUUCUACACCUUCUUCUUCUCCCUUCAUUUCUUCAUCACCUUUUUUAUCAUUUGGUUCCUCAAUUUCUAUAUUUACUAUCCCCUCCAUCAAUCCACGUGUCACUCAAUUCUUGAAUUUAAACUUUCAGUUCAGAACGAUGGCAUCUCACGUUGUUGGAUAUCCUCGUAUGGGGCCCAAAAGAGAGCUUAAGUUUGCGUUGGAAUCUUUUUGGGAUGGGAAGAGCAGUUCCGAGGAUUUGGAGAAGGUGGCAGCUGAUCUUAGGUCAUCCAUUUGGAAGCAGAUGGCUGAAGCUGGUAUUAAAUAUAUUCCGAGCAACACGUUCUCAUAUUAUGACCAGGUCUUGGACACAACUGCUAUGUUAGGUGCAGUUCCGCCAAGAUAUAGUUGGAAAGGUGGUGAGAUUGGUUUUGAUGUAUACUUCCCGAUGGCUAGGGGAAACGCCUCUGUACCUGCCAUGGAGAUGACAAAGUGGUUCGACACCAACUACCACUACAUUGUUCCUGAAUUGGGGCCAGAUGUUAAGUUUUGUUAUGCAUCUCACAAGGCAGUUAAUGAAUACAAGGAGGCUAAAUCGCUAGGUGUUGACACCGUCCCUGUUCUUGUCGGUCCAGUUUCCUUCCUCUUGUUAUCAAAAGCAGCAAAAGGUGUUGAAAAGUCGUUUCCUCUUCUCUCACUGAUUGACAAGAUUCUUCCUGUUUACAAGGAAGUCAUUGCUGAACUGAAGGCAGCUGGUGCAAGUUGGAUUCAGUUUGAUGAGCCUACUCUUGUUAAAGAUCUUGAUUCUCAUCAAUUACGGGCAUUUACUCAUGCCUACUCAGAAUUAGAGUCGUCACUUUCUGGUUUAAACGUCCUCAUCGAGACAUACUUUGCCGAUGUUCCUGCUGAAGCUUUCAAAACAGUGACCGCUUUAAAAGGUGUUACCGCAUUGGGGUUUGAUCUAGUUCGUGGAUCAAAGACUCUUGAUUUGAUCAAGAGCGGUUUUCCUUUGGAAAAGUAUCUUUUCGCCGGAGUAGUUGAUGGGAGGAAUAUAUGGGCCAAUGAUCUUGCUUCUUCUCUGAGUACCUUGCAAGCUAUUGAGAACAUAGUUGGAAAAGACAAGCUUGUGGUCUCCACGUCCUGCUCGCUUCUCCACACUGCAGUUGAUUUAGUGAAUGAGACUAAGUUGGAUGAAGAAAUUAAGUCAUGGCUUGCAUUUGCUGCACAAAAAUUGGUGGAAGUCAAUGCAUUGGCAAAGGCAUUAGCUGGCCAAAGAGACGAGGCGUUCUUCUCUGCUAAUGCUGCGGCUCGCACUUCCAGAAAAUCCUCUCCUAGAGUGAUAAACGAGGCUGUUCAAAAGGCUGCUGCUUCUUUGAAGGGCUCUGAUCAUCGCCGAGCCACAAAUGUCAGUGCAAGGUUGGAAGCUCAACAGAAGAAGCUGAAUCUUCCCGUUCUUCCAACCACUACUAUUGGUUCUUUCCCUCAGACGUUAGAGCUAAGAAAAGUUCGCCGAGAAUACAAGGCUAACAAGAUCUCAGGGGAAGGAUAUGUCAAGUAUAUAACAGAGGAAAUCAGCAAAGUAGUCAAACUCCAGGAAGAGCUAGACAUUGAUGUUCUUGUGCAUGGAGAGCCGGAGAGAAACGAUAUGGUUGAGUAUUUUGGGGAGCAAUUAUCUGGCUUUGCUUUUACAGCCAAUGGAUGGGUUCAAUCAUAUGGAUCCCGCUGUGUUAAGCCACCAAUUAUCUAUGGUGAUGUUAGUCGCCCGAAACCAAUGACCGUCUUUUGGUCUUCACUGGCGCAGAGCAUGAGUAAGCGCCCGAUGAAGGGAAUGCUUACCGGUCCUGUUACUAUUUUAAACUGGUCUUUUGUUAGAGAUGACCAGCCGAGGUUUGAGACUUGCUAUCAAAUUGCUUUGGCUAUUAAGGAUGAGGUUGAAGAUCUUGAAAAGGCUGGCAUUACUGUCAUUCAGAUUGAUGAAGCUGCUUUGAGAGAGGGUUUGCCUCUUAGGAAGUCCGAGGAAGCUUUCUACUUGAACUGGGCUGUACAUUCAUUCAGGAUAACUAACUGUGGUGUUCAAGACACUACACAGAUUCACACCCACAUGUGCUAUUCAAACUUCAACGACAUCAUCCAUUCAAUUAUCGACAUGGAUGCUGACGUGAUCACUAUCGAGAACUCCAGGUCAGAUGAGAAGCUUCUUUCUGUUUUCCGCGAAGGAGUGAAGUAUGGUGCUGGCAUUGGCCCUGGAGUAUACGACAUCCAUUCACCAAGGAUUCCAUCGGCAGAAGAAAUUGCUGACAGAAUCAGCAAAAUGCUUGCAGUUCUUGAUACCAACAUCCUUUGGGUUAACCCUGAUUGUGGCCUCAAGACACGCAAGUACACUGAAGUUAAUCUGGCUCUCAGCAACAUGGUAGCCGCAGCUAAGAUUCUCCGCGCACAGUUGGCCAGCACAAAGUGAGAUAGUCGAUCCAACGAUGAGUCUUGUUUGAAAUUACAAGAGCAGUGUUACUUUUAUGUGCAAGAAUCAGGGAGAACACUCUUCUCCAAGAAAUAAUAUGUAGGCUUCUGAGUCUGGCAAAAUUAGUUGUAUGAAUAUUUCUUUAUCCAUUCUAUUCUAGUGUGGUUUAUUUCAUUCCAAUAGAUAGUGGAGAAAUUUGGGUUCUUUGAAA